AUGGCUGUGCUUUUGAGAGAUCACCUCCCAAGUCCAGUUGACUUCAAGUCCUUGGCCGAGCCUUUAGACGGGACCCUUGCCGUGCUUCAGAGGCUACCCAGGCCAGUGUGCAGGAGGACGAGCCAGAAUCCCGGCAGGGACUCAAGGAGGACUGGCAAGUUCAGUGUGGAGAGUCAAGGGGAAGCUGUUGCCAAGAAACAUCAGAAUGUUCUGGAGCUGGUCAUGUCUGUCUUGUUGAAUGGUCUAAGGUUGGUCAAGGUUUGUCAAGAGGACCCUACAUCAGAUCCUGGUGUGUUUCUAAAACCCAAGACCGCCAAUCUACUCAACCAGUCAAACUCCAAGUGCACUGAUCGAUUGUCACCGAUAGAUAAUGCACUAUAUGAGAACAACCUGUCUUCUUUCACGCUGUAUCUGAUGGAGUCUCUGGAUAGUGUUUGCAUUCCUGCAGUCAUGGCAAACCAUGAGGGAUUGAGUCAACCUGGGAUCUACACUUCACUCUUUGAAUCACUCUCUAUCAUGCUCUCUCUUCAUAAGAAUGAUGACCUUCACAACCUUUCUGAAAAACUAGUUGGAUCAUCAUUCAUUCAGCUAGCAUUAGAAGUAAGACAUCGGUUCCAGUCACAAGAAGGAAUCAAAGAGCUCAAGAGAGCGACCGAUACUUUCCUGGUGGACCUACUGCAUUGCUUUUCAUCUAAAGACACAUCCGCAUUAGAUAUGAACAUCUCAGUAGACAUGGUUCAUAGCAUCACAGGUUCUCCCAGUGAGAUAUGUCAUCUGCUUGAACGCCAUGAUGAAACUAUCUGCAGAACCAGUAGAUCAACAUCACAUGGAGAUAUGCAGCAAUGUUUGCUGGCUCUAAUCUACUAUGCUUGGCUAUAUGGAGACAGAUGGGUUCCAAGCAUGGAUCUUCUAAAUUGCCUGACAUCUUUCAUCACCCAGCAUCCAGACAUCACCUCUCUUCCUCUCUCAUCUUCUAAGCAUCUUCUCUUUCUCUUUGCCGAUUGCUUUGUGCACUCUGGAAGUCGAACUGGAAGCAGUGCUUGCUACAUCUUGGCUGAUCACAUGACCAGACUAGAUGUUCAUACAUUGUAUACCAACCAUCGAAGUCUGGUCCAGUGGCUAUUUAUGGCAUCUAACAUCCCUCCACAAGCAACACACAAAAUAUUUGCUGAGUGGAUAGAUCAUCUAGCAUUGGAUACAGAGGAGGCCAGUCUGGAAGAUAAUGAGAAAGAUGGUGACAUUGCACUCACUCUUCAUCUAAUGGGACAGAAUCCAUCUUGUUUGGAUAUCAUGAUGGAUAUGCUACAGCAUGCUCCUUUCCCAACCAGGCCCAAGUGUGCAAGCCUCAUCAAACGGUUACUCAGCUCUACAGCAGACCAAACCCUUGAUGAUACCCAGGACAUGGACAGGAUCAAGAAGAGGAUGCCAGAUCUACUCCAAGCUUGCACCUUGACAGAUCCAUCAAGACAAACAGACUUUGUCCAUUAG